AUGCGGAUGCAACGGAUGCUGGCCGAGGCGCUGGUGCAAUUCUAUCCGAUGGCCGAGAGGCUAGUGCGUGACACGUCCACACACGCGCUCGUGGGGCCUGUGUUAGACGCAACCCCGGAACUUGGCGUUCUGGAGCACGACCCGCACCGAAGCCGGCGGAACAGCCGCGGCGGGUCGAAGCGAGCGAGGGUGAGGAGGGGGCGUGAGGUCAGGUGGAGGCUGCGACCGCGCGGGCGCCGCCGCCGGCACAGGGACGGGCAGUGGGGGAAGAGGAAGGGCGACGACAGCGCGAGGGAGAUUGAUCAUUGUUUUGUUCGGGGUGAUAAUGGUAGAGAUAGGGUAGAUUCAGUUGAAAAUAGCUUCAAUGCUCGUGAUUGUGAUUCAAAUUGCUCUCAUGGACAGCCUUUUUUCAACUUUGAUGAUUCACAUUCUUAUAUUCAUCCAUUCAUUCAGAGAAAGAUAUCUCAUCAUUGGGACAUUACUUUCAAUCAGAAUAAGGAAGCUCUGAAUCACUAUAUACAAGAGUCAUCAUAUCCUUCCCAUGAGAAAGUACCAACUGAUUCCUCGGUAGAAGUAGAGGGUACAGACGAUACAACUGCAACAGGUCAAGUUUUGAAAGCAAGGUCUUUAAAAAUUCUUGAGCAUUCACCUGAUGAUGAAGUAGAAGGAGAGAUGGUAUACUUACAAUCUAGGCUGCUUGACAAUGCUGUUGUUCUGAAGCACAGAUAUGAAAAAUUGAUAGCAAAGGUUGUCCAAAAUCUCUCUCGCGAGUUGGAUGCCUUCAGUAAAAGAAAAUGGGAUCUUAUUUUUGUGAAUCAGUUCCUUCGUGAUGUCAGAGAAGCUAAGAAACGUGGGAGAAAAGCAAAGAGACAUAAGGAAGCCCAAGCUGUACUAGCUGCAGUUGCUAUUGCAUCCUCCUCACGGAACUCAACCGUGAGAAAAGAUGCAAAGGAGGAUGCACCAAAGAUGUAA